AUGCCGACGAUGCCGUCGGUCAUGGAGCACGAGGCUGAACACCCGGCGUUUUCGCCGCACGUGGAUGUAGCUCGAGUGCCGCAGUUAGCACCGGCAUCGCCUGCUUCCGCCGGUAAACCAUUAAGAACCGCCGCCGAGGUGCAGACGUUGCUGACACAAGGCAAGAACACAGAGGUGAAGAUGCUGUUACGUACGAAUGCCUGGCCGGCUGAUCACCCGGUGCGCCGUGAGCUAUGGUCCGCGUUGUGUCUGCAGCAUCACAACAGCAAGAGCGAUAUGGCCGAUGGGUUUUAUUGGGAUAUGGUGACGCAGGUGUUUGGCUCGACGGAACUGCCGGACCGGCCUAUCAGUCUGCCACCCUUUGUGGAACCUGGGCACUGCCACAGUUAUCAUCUUACACAGAAGGGCAGUAGUAUUGCUGAUCGCGUUGUUUCCGUCUUGGGCUAUGCGUGUCCGGACAUCGUCUACAGUCCGAGUAUUUAUCCCAUUUGUGCGCUGCUUCUGCAUUAUUUAAGUGAGGAGGAGUGCUACCAUUGCAUAACGAGUCUGGUGUCAUCUAAAAAGAAGCAGUUUAUUACGCAGACAAAGUCUCUUCAUGAGGUGACGUGGAAGACUGUGAUGCAGAUUUGCAAAAAGCACGUGAAGGCCGCAGCCGUGCACCUCCAGAGACAAUGCCCUAGCUCACGCGUGGAGCGCAUCUACAUGGACUGGAUAUGGUGGGUGCUGCAAGGGCUGCCGUUUACGCAUCUCGUGCGCGUCAUGGACUGUUUUUUCCACGAAGGUAUUAAGGUAUUAUAUAGAGUAGCGAUGGCCAUCCUAGUCCUGUUUCACAAGCACACAUCGUCGACGUCGACGGCUGGCGGCGCCGAAUGGUCUGCCGACAUUCAGAAGAACGGCAUUGACGCUGCGCUCACCAAAUUCUUGAAAGAGAUCACCAUACCACCAAACAAAGUGCUGAAGGCGGCGUUUGGAAUACGCGGGCUGAGCUCCUCGUACAUAUCGCGCGUCUUCAUCCGGACUGAGAUGAUACUGCAGAGCAAGACUGUGAUACGAUCGGGGCCGAUGGUGCGGUCGCGGUCGAAUGAGAAUCUGCCCAACAGCCAGAGCCAGAACAACAUCCAGAUGGUUUCGCACACGCUAACGAUACGCGAGCGAAUCCCAACUGACCUAGAAGGCGAUGUUGUCAACGAAGACGGUGCCACGUUCGUGCUUCGCUCUGUCGAUGUUAUUACUAACAAUAGCGAAUUAGCAUCGACGUUGUUGUUAAAUAUUGACCCACAACAAGACCUGUUGGCGUUGUGGUCAUGGCUACCUGUACGGAUCACCAUGUACCAACCCAUUCUGCUGUAUACUACUGAGGAGCAUGGCUGCUCACUGACGACGUUCUACGUGCGCGUGGAACAACACGAACCGACGCUGUUGAUGAUCAAGACUAUCAAUAAUGAAAUUUUUGGAGCAUACUGUUCGUCGAAAUGGGGCGAACGCAAUCUAAAAGACGAUCGCGGAAACCGCCAGGCGUACUUUGGUACAGGGGAGACAUUCUUGUUUUCCUUGUAUCCCGAACGAGCGAAAUAUCCUUGGGUAGGCAUGGAGGGCGAGAAUACUCUGGGACAUGCGGCUGAGUUGUUUAUGGCUGCGGAUUCUAAGAUGAUCACCAUUGGCGGCGGUGAGGGUCAAGCAAUAUGGAUGGACGAAAACAUCCGCUAUGGCAAAACGGACCGCUGCCAGACCUUCAAUAAUCCGCCGCUGUGUAAGACCGGCGAUUUUGAGAUUCGCGUGUUGGAAGUUUACGGCUUCGCCGCCGAACAAAUGUAGACGUGCACACAACGAGUCGAACUUCAUCGACGCAUCCCACACCCGCAUAAAUACACACUUGACACACGACCUAACAUUACACACCUGCGCCUGGAGCACCAUUCUUCGUACAUCAAACUCUUUGCGGACAGGCG